AUGAGGUCGAUUAAAGAACUUUUCCCAGUAUGCAUAAUAAUAUUAGCUUUCUCUCUACUUCCCUUGGUGGAUGCCUCGGAAGGUGAUAGACUACCUGAUUUUGCUGUUUGUCUACAGCACUGUAAUACGAAAUUUGAGUGUGAAAUUCCCAAAUUUGCAAGGAGAGAUGAUUACGACGGGGGUAGUAAAUCUGCAAGGACAGAAUACGCAAACACAUUAGAGGAUGCCUUAAAUCGUUACGAAUUAAACUACAUAGUGAGAACACUUUUUGGUUGGGACUGUUUACUGAAUUGUAAGUACAAGUGCGUCAGAUAUGUCACAGAAAAUCGGAUUUCGGAUGGGCUCAGAAUUGUUCAAUUUUUUGGUAAAUGGCCAUUUAUAAGAAUCUGGGGAAUAACGGAAUUCUUUUCCACUAUAUUCUCGAUAGCAAACUUUUAUGCCAACUAUGUUAACAUAGGGAAGAUUUACUUUCAGUAUUCCAAGAAUAAGAGAGAUACGACUUCUUCCAAUGGAUAUCACGUGAUGUACUUCCAGUAUCUUACCUUACUUGUUAUAUCAUGCGUAGGAUGGACAUUUAGCACGAUCUUCCACAUCCGAGACACCCCAUUGACGGAGACUCUAGACUAUUUUGGAGCCAUCGCUAUAAUCAUGUGCAAUUUUAACGUAAUUGUGAUUCGAUACUUCAAAUUGUAUUUACCCUCUAGUAAACCAAAAUUAUUGCUAUUCCAAGCCUCACUUUUGGUUGCAUACUUGUUCCAUGUUACAAAGUUAUUGAAUUUUUGGGACUAUGUUUACAACGUGAAAUUUAAUCUCUUUUUUGGACUUUCCUCAUUGAUAUUAUGGAUACUUCAUUCUAAAAAUGUUCAGUCAGUUUAUUUGAAGAAUUUCCAUAUUUACAGUAAUUCCAUACAGUUGUUGCCGUUUGAAACAAAGAUUCUUGCAAAAUUGGAUCACUUGGUUAUUCCACUAUCAAAAAAGCCUAGAUUGAUACCACUUUUACCUAUAUUUCUUAAUGGGGUGCUUCUUUUCGGUAUUCUGCUCGAAAUGAUUGACUUUGUACCGAUCUACUUGCUAGUAGACGCACAUAGUUUAUGGCACUUAGUAACAAUAUUUCCAAGUUUAGUUUGGUUUGAUUGGAAUAUCUGGGAUAUGGAGUUGAUGAGAUUGAGCAGUGAUAUAAAUAAAUUUAAUUAG